AUGCCUUGCUACGACCUGUGCCUGCCCUCCUGCGGUCCCCGGCCCCUGGCCACCAGCUGCAACCAGCCCUGCUUCCGCCGCUGCGGGGACUCCACUGCCUUCAUCCAGCCGCCCACGGUCGUGGUCACGCUGCCCGGGCCCAUCCUCAGCUCCUUCCCGCAGAACACCACGGUGGGCUCCACGGCGUCGGCGGCGGUCGGGAGCUACCUGCGCUACUGCGGCGUCCCCGUGGGCUCCCGGGGGCUGGGCAAGGCGGGGCUGCUGUGCCUGGGCACCGGGCUGUAG